AUGGACCUCAUUCCCGCCAUCAGACAGUCAUUGUCUGUAUGCAGACCAUCCCUCCGAGCUCCGACCCAUCAUCCCAUAUACGUCGUCCCACGCCUACUAGCCCAACACCAACACCACCAACAAGCACGUCGCAACAUUUCCACGACCUCAGAUACGUCACGGAACGUACAUUCAAGCAAUGGCGGCCAUGCUGAAACGACAACAAGCAGCGGUAGCCACCGGCCCAAAAGACGUAUGGUCCUCACCCAAAAACAGCGGGACUUCCUCGACAGCGCCCUCAGAGUAAACCAAGCUGGUGAACUGGCUGCGACCCUCAUCUACGCCGCCCAAACACCCCCAGUCACCCGCUCCCACCCCCAUCUCCGCCCUCUAAUGAAACACAUGUAUGACCAGGAAGCUGGCCAUUUGACCACCUUCAACGACCUCGUCGCCAAACACCGUGUGCGCCCUACAGCGAUGUAUCCUAUCUGGGAAGUCGCCGCGACAACACUGGGCUGGGCGACGGGAAUAAUGGGCCGGGAAGCAGCAAUGGCAUGUACAGAAGCCGUUGAGACAGAAAUCGGCACGCAUUAUAAUGACCAGGUGCGGGAAAUUCUGGGAUGGUUUGAAGAUGCGCGGGAACGCGGGGAAGAGCCGGAUGAGGAAUUGGUGGAGCUUGUGGACACGCUGAGACGGAUCCGGGAUGAAGAGUUGGAGCAUUUAGAUCAUGCUGUGGAGAACGAUGCGAAGGACGCCAGGCCGUAUGAUCCGCUUGUUAAUGUUAUUCGGUUGGGCUGCAGGGCUGCGAUUCAAAUUAGCCAGCGGGUCUAA